AUGGAUAUUGCCACACGAAAAGUUGUAGACGUUCAAUUUGUUGACAAGAGAGAGACUGAACUGAAAUCACCUAGGAUGGAGAAACUUGGACUGCAGAGAGCUUUGACAUCUAUACAAAAGAAGAUCAAAGUCAUAGAAUUAGUCACAGAUGCAUCUAUUUCUAUUUCUGCAAUGCUGGAAAGAGAUGAAACUUACAGACACUUAGUGCAUUCUUUGGAUGUUUGGCAUAAAGCCGAAAAAUUAUCAAAGAUACUACCUGAGGCAUCAAAGAAACGAGAACUGGCUGAACUUGGACCCUGGAAAAGAUCCGUAGUAAACCAUUCUUGGUGGAGUUGCCAACAAGCAAAAGGAGAUGUAGAGCGGCUAAAGGUUUACAGCAUCUCACCAGGCCAUAGUUGCAUAGGCUCAAGCAAUACAGUAAAUACAACCAGACUCUGACACAUCUGAUCACACAGGAUGAUGCAACACAUCUGUGUCCUCUGCCCAAGUGAGCAUGCUGACAUACUUAAUAAUGUUACAGUACCUGCAUGUGUUAUCAACAAACGAACACAAUAGAGAUACUUCAAUGUCUUCCUGCAGGUGAAAGUCACUAGCUGAUUUGCUAGCCUGUUCUUCACCGAUAUAUAGACGAGAGUACAUACACACUAUGGAUGGCAGAAAGGCGGUAGAAAGGUGGGCAGGUAGGACAGCAACUGACUCACAAAAGGUAUGCUCAGGAUCCAGUCACCUGUUGAAACUUUCUCUGGCACUUUUGCAGCAGAUGUAUUAAAACAAUAAACUACAGGAAGAUAUGACUCUGCCACAAGUACCAAGAGUCUGUAUUCUUGUGUUUUGCUUGAUGUUGUCUUGUUUUGCAGUCUAUGAUGGGUGCCAGCUGUCAACAAGAAAUAUGUAGAGCGUUUAAAGGCAAAUC